GGUCUCUGCUUUUAACCCAUCCUUAAUGUUGCCGUUACUUAUACUCAUAAGAAUAGGCGUUACAUUUAUACACAAAAUGCAGCUAAGCAGACGAUUUAAACAACACAUUACAUUAUUUAUUUUUAAAGUCAGGUUCUUGUUAAAAUACCACACAUACAACCUAUUUAGAAACGAUUUUUAAGAAUAACAAAACAAAAUCCAUUACCUAAAUAAGGGUAGCAAUAACAUUGUGCACAUUUCUUUAAAUUUAUUUUAAAACGUCAAACGUUAUUUAGUUAGUUUUUAGUAUCAGAAACAAAUAUACUCACGUAGAAUAACUUAAAUUAACAUCGUCCAUUUUAUUUAGUUUUGCAACUUGGCAACCUUAAAGUAGUUCUUACCAAAUCCUUCUAACAUAACUCGUAACAGUUAUAAUUUAUGUAAUUAUAACUUAGAGUAACAUAAUUAUAACUUAGAGUAACAUAUUCACAGGGUCGCUACAAUAGUUAUAACUUAGAGUAACAUAGUUAUAACUUAAAGUAACAGUUAUACCUUAGAGUAACAUAGUUAUAACUUACACCUUUUUAUAAAGGAUGUAUUUUCUUUUUAAAGUGUCAUAAACAGUCCUCUGGUGAUUGACGUGGACUCCUCAGUGAAGCUCGGCCUCCUCUUCCUCUUCCUCCUCCUCCCGCAGCGGCCCAUGUGACUUCUGACGUUUCAGUCCUACUAAAAGAAUGUGAGGGGAAGAUCCUGCUGCUCACCGACGGAUCCACGGUGGCUUCCUGACGUCCUGGAGGAAGGAACCCGUUACCGCUUACCGAGAGACCUGAGACCGCAGAGCGUUACCUCACCACCGAUAGACCGACUGGAGAUGUUCGGAGAGGCACAAGAGGCCAUGAGCGUCUACUCGGUGACCCUCAGCGGCCCGGCGCCCUGGGGCUUCCGGCUGCAGGGGGGCAAGGACUUCAGCAUGCCGCUCACCGUGUCCAGGCUGACUCCGGGCGGUAAGGCGGCGCAGGCCGGCGUGGGCGUAGGAGACUGGGUGGUGUCCAUCAGCGACUCCAACGCAGAAGACAUGACCCACGUGGAGGCGCAGAACAAGAUCAGAGCCGCAACUGACUGCCUCACCCUCGCCCUCAGCAAAGCGUUCAAAGCGGGCGGCGAGCAGAAGGACUCACUGGCUCCGGCCUCCGUGCAGCCAAAGUACUCCUUUGCUCCGAGCUCCACCAUUAACAAGAUGGCGAGGCCGUUUUCAGCAGCUGGUGGCAACCCGGCCGUUAAACCCGUGGCCUACUCGCCCAAAGCUAACCGCGGCGCGCAGCCGCCACACAACGGCCUCCAGCCGACUCCGUCACCUGCAGCAGCUCCUCAUGACGGCUCAAAGGCGGCGGGGUCGGGGGGGUCGGGGGGAUCGGGUCCUUCCUCUCGGCCGCCGUGGGUCACCGACCCGAACUUCGCCGACCGCUUCCGCCCGGACAAGACGAGCACGGUGCUGACGCAGCACCGGCAGCCGGCCCGGCCCACGCCCAUGCAGAACCGCAGCUCCAUCCUGCAGGCGGCGGCGCAGCAGACGGAGGACGGCGGCAGCACGCCGCUGUGCGGCGCCUGCAACAAGAUCAUCAGGGGGCGGUACCUGGUCGCUCUGGGCCGCUCGUGGCACCCGGAGGAGUUCACGUGUUCCCAGUGCCGGGCGCUGCUGGACGAGGGCGGCUUCUUCGAGGAGCAGGGCUCCGUCUACUGCACCGCGUGCCACGACAGCCGCUACGCGCCCAACUGUGCCAAGUGCAAAAAGAAGAUCACCGGGGAGAUCAUGCACGCCCUGAAGAUGACCUACCAUGUCGAGUGCUUCAAGUGUGCAGCCUGCAAGUCUGCAAUCAGGAACCAGGCCUUCUACAUGGAGGAGGGAGAGCCCUACUGUGAGAAAGACUAUGAGAAGAUGUUCGGCACUAAAUGCCACGGCUGUGACUUUAAGAUCGAUGCCGGCGACCGAUUCCUGGAGGCGUUGGGCUUCAGCUGGCACGACACGUGCUUCGUCUGCGCGCUCUGUCAGAUCAACCUGGAGGGGAAGACGUUCUACUCCAAGAAGGACAAGCCUCUGUGUAAAGGUCACGCCUUCGCUCCGGUGUGAGCGAGAGAGCUUCACCUGCAGAGGGAGAUCCUCUCUCUCUCCCCCCUCUCCAUCUCUUCUCCUCCUCUUCUCUCCAGAGUCAUCUCCAUGACUCCUCCAUCCGGUGUCAGCAUGUGAGGCUCAGACCUUCAGCUCCACACUGUUACCCCUGCAGGUCGUCAGGAUGUUCACUCACACGACCGAAGACCUGGUCUGGAUCAAGUCCACCUGGACCUGGAGUUCUUCAGGUCCUCCUCCUCCCUUCAGGACUCACUUCCAGUAACGGGGGUCUAGUCCUCUUCCUCCUCCCUUCAGGACUCUCUUCCAGUAACGGGGGUCUAGUCCUCUUCCUCCUCCCUUCAGGACUCACUUCCUGUAACGGGGGUCCAGUCCAGCACAAAGGGGUCCGGUCCUCUUUCUUUAGUUUUUAUUAUCGCUGUGGGCCGUUUAAAUAUAAUCUCGUGACGCUGAGGAUGAACAUCUGUAAUAUUUUAUACUGACGGAUGUUGUUGUUGUUGUUGAUGAUCUCGUGUGUUGUUGUUUUUUCUAACGUGUCGUCCUCUAACCAAACAGCUGUUGUAACAACGUGAACUCUUCCAUGUCUUAAAGUAGAAAUAAAUAAUUUUACAAUA